AUGGCUGCCACACGCAGCCUCGUCCUCCUGUCCAUCGUCGGCGUGCUCGGCGCGGCCGCCCGCGAUGUCCCGGCAAACGUGCUCAGCUUCUACAACUCGUUGAAGGCUGGCGGCGCGUGCUCCAACCCGCUAGAAACGGGCUUCCGGGACACGGACGGCGGCCCCGACACCUUCUCGUACUGCGGCGACCACCUGGCGGACUUCGGCAUCGUAUACAUCACGGGGACGGGGGGCGCGCUGGCCAACAUGGACAUUGACUGCGACGGGGCGCAGGCGGGCGACGGACGGUGCGGCAACAGCGACGACAUCCAGUCGCAGACGGCCUUCAAGGACGUGGUGGCGAGCUACGGCGCCGGCAUCGACGACCUCAACGCCAACGUCCACCCGUUCGUCGUCUUCGGCAACGACGGCUCCGCGCCCGGCUGGACCAACUUCGACCCGCAGGAGUACGGCAUCGAGCCGCUGAGCCUCAUGGCCGUCGUGUGCGGCGACCAGCUGAUGUACGGCGUGUGGGGCGACACCAACGGCGAUGACGACCCGGACCCGCUAGUCGGCGAAGCGAGCCUGUCCCUCGCCACAGCGUGCUUCGGCAACAGCAUGACGGGCGACAACGGCCACGACACAGAGGACGUGCUGUACAUUGGCUUCACGGGCGCGGGGGCAGUUCCAGGGGCCGACGGGGCGGACUGGGCGGCCGCCAGCUUUGCCGCGUUUGAGAGCAGCAUCGCCGCGCUGGGCGACCAGCUCGUCGCCAAGAUCGGCAGCACCAGUGGCGGCAGUACUACUACUACGGGGAUGGGCUGCUCGUGGGACGGCCACUGCGCGGGAGCGCCGUGCGGGGACGAGAAUGACUGCUCUGAUGACCUGGUCUGCAAGCGCGGGUUGUGUGCUGCGUGAGUGUGAUGCGUGAGUGUGCUGCCUUUAUUCGACGUGAUGUGUCUUGCUGGGGCGAUGUGACAAGCAAUUGGGCAACGAAGGUAGUUAUAAUCUGGCGUUUUAAUAAGGUUAGGUGGCUAAUCAGUGAAA